GCAAGACUGCAGAAAGCAACGUACUGUUCCAGCGUAAAACCGAAACCAUUGGAUGAUAUUUAUCAAGAGGAAGAUGAAAACGUAAACAUCAAAGAAAAAUCUGUUCCCUUUCCGGCCAGCCAUACUGACCAGAUAAAGAAGCCCAAUACUCUGACUGACACAUUUGGCCGAUACCAUAACUACCUCAGGAUAUCGUUGAGUGAGAGAUGCAAUCUCAGAUGUCAGUACUGUAUGCCAGAAGAUGGUGUGGAACUGACACCAUCUCAGAAACUCCUCUCUUCAGAAGAGAUCCUUAGACUUUCCAAACUUUUUGUGAAGGAAGGUGUCCAGAAAAUACGACUUACUGGUGGUGAACCAUUAGUCAGGAAAGACGUGGUGGAAAUAAUAAGAGGUUUAAAUGAGCUCAGAGACAUUGGUCUGCAGACAAUUGCCAUGACAACAAAUGGUGUGACCUUAGCCAGAAAGGCACCUGCUCUACAGGAGGCUGGUCUUGACCUUAUCAAUGUCAGUCUGGACACCCUAAUUUCGGCAAAGUUUGAGUUUAUAUCUCGUCGGAAAGGCUGGAAUCAUGUUAUGAAGGGAAUUGACACUGCCCUGGAUCUUGGCUAUAAUCCAGUAAAAGUAAACUGUGUUGUGAUGAGAGGAAUGAAUGAAGAAGAAAUCUGUGAUUUUGUUGCUUUUACUAAAGACAAGAAUGUUGAUGUCAGGUUCAUAGAGUACAUGCCAUUUGAUGGGAACAAGUGGAAUUCUAAGAAAAUGGUUAGUUAUUUAGAAAUGAUGGACACCAUUAAAGCAAGAUGGCCAGACUUCUCAAGGAUGCAGGACCAUCCUAAUGAUACUUCCAAGGCAUAUCGUGUUCCUGGCUAUAAAGGCCAGGUGGGAUUCAUCACAUCGAUGAGUGAGCAUUUCUGUGGAACAUGUAAUCGAAUCCGCCUUACUGCUGAUGGGAACCUCAAGGUGUGUCUUUUUGGAAACACGGAGGUAUCUUUGCGAGAUGUGAUGCGAGCUUCACCUGAUGACACAGAACUAAGUGAAGUAAUAAGUGCAGCUGUUAAGAGGAAGAAGAAACAGCAUGCAGAGUAUUUAGAGGACAAGAUUAACAUUAAAUGCCUUAGUGAGAGUUUGUCCUUGAGGAACUUGUCAAUGUCACCAAAACAUUCAUUCACAUCUAUGAAACACACUGGAUUUAUUUCUGCUUGCCUUCUGUCUACACGACAGCCUUACUAUGUCCAGAUUAGACAGUGCUGGACAGGUGAUGAGGAAAGCAUGAAGUAUUGGGAGACUGACCGCAAAGCUAGGUUAGCGGAGACUUCCGAGCAUGGUGAUGGUACUGUGUGUAAACAAGACUAUUAUGAUUAUAUAUUAACUAGAAAUCCAUCACAAAAUAAAAGUGAACCAGGAUGUGAUAGUUUGACACAUGUUGACACAGCAGGAAAAACAAAAAUGGUUGAUGUUGGAUACAAACCAGAUACAGUGCGGACUGCUGUCGCUUCAGCAACAAUUUUUGUAGGGGAAAAAGUGUUCCCUUUGAUUAAAGAAAAUAAAAUGAAAAAAGGGGACGUGUUAUCAAUAUCACAAUUAGCAGGCAUUAUGGCAGCAAAGCGCACUGCUGAACUCAUUCCACUUUGCCACAACAUUUUCAUUUCUGGAGUUGAUGUCUCAUUUGAAUUAAAUGAAGAAAAACACUGCAUCCAUAUAACAUCUUCUGCAAAGACAGAUGGGAAAACUGGAGUGGAAAUGGAGGCCAUUAUGGCUGCUUCAGUGGCAGCUAUUACCAUAUAUGAUAUGUGUAAGGCUGUGUCUAAAGAUAUGGUUAUCCAUGAUGUCAGACUGGAACAGAAGACUGGUGGUGCAAGGGGAGACUACCAUCGACAAAAAUGAUUUCAUUAAUAAUUUUGAAAUGGUUGUAAAUUUAACCAAAAUUAGAGUAAGUAAUUCAGAUUGUGUUGUUUGAAUGCUUUUUUUGGGAUGGAUGAGGGGUAUGGAUGGGUAGAAUGCAAGAUUCUUACUAAUUUCUUUCAUUGUAGCUAAAAGAAAUCAUGAAAAUGAUGGUAAACUUGAAUAAACAGCAAUGAAAUUGUUAUGUUUAAAAAUAACUAUCCCCACUGUUUACAUCAAAAUGUCAAUGAUAGGUGUUAAAGUUUCCUGUAGCUUUGAUGCAGUGUUUUAUUUCAAAAUGAAGCAUUUGACUUUAUGUGUUGAUGUAAUAGAUAUCGUUGAUGGUACAUUCAUUACUAAGCAAUGUAGAACGUUAUGACUUUAUGUGUUGAUGUAAUAGAUAUCGUUGAUGGUACAUUCAUUACUAAGCGAUGUGGAACGUUAUAAAGAAGAGUAUAAAAAACUUUUAUUCAGAUAACUGUUUAUCUAUUUUGUUUAAAUCACAUUUCUGUAAUAAAGAGGAGAACGGUACUAAUACAUGGCACUAAGUUAUGAUUUAAAACUAUAAUUUAGUUAACCAUGACCCUUGUUUUACACCUGUCUACAGUUAGGUAGAUGUAAUGUAAAGACUAAUACAUGGCACUAAAUUAUGAUUUAAAACUAUAAUUUAGUUAACCAUGACCCUUGUUUUUACACCUGUCUACAGUUAGGUAGAUGUAAUGUAAAGACUAAUACAUGGCACUAAAUUAUGAUUUAAAACUGUAAUUUAGUUAACCAUGACCCUUGUUUUACACCUGUCUACAGUUAGGUAGAUGUAAUGUAAAGACUAAUACAUGGCACUAAAUUAUGAUUUAAAACUAUAAUUUAGUUAACCAUGACCCUUGUUUUUACACCAGUCUACAGGUAUGUAGAUGUAAUGUGUACUGUAUCUACUUACCUACUAACACAAACUUCCUUAUGUCGGCUACUAAUCAUAUAACAUACUAAUAAUGAUGAUCUUGAUCAGUUUAUUUACAAAUAUUUUAAUAUUUUAAAAUUGUCCAAGUGUAUUUUAUUUACCUAACAUGAAUGAUCAUGACUCCAAGCAUUGUUGUAAAAGACUAUCAGUAAGCACUGACAGAAGUACCAGUAUAGGCUUGAACUGGUGUCAACAGUAUAUGAACUGUAUGAGUGAAAACAAGCAUUUCCAGAGAGGCACUAAUACAAGCAUUUUCAGAGAGGCACGAAUACAAGCAUUUCCAGACAGGCAUAUAUUAUUGUAUCAUACAUAGCUAGUCUGAACUUUUCGAUUAUUUUACCACCAUUGUGAUAUUACUAUUUUCUCCUUGACAUUGAUUUUUAUCUCACCUGGCCCGAAGGGCUAAGUAAGCUUAUGCCGUGGUGCAACAAGUACUCGUCAGUCUGUCAUCCAUCUGUCUGUCCAGCGUCAUCUUUUCUAUUUGAAUUACUUUUUUUCAGUAAUUAAAAGACCAAAUGUCAUGACAUUUGGCCUGUAGAUUAAUUUGAUGAAGCCUAACAAAGUUUGUGUAAAGAAAUGACCUUGACCCUUAUUUAAGGUCACAAGGAUCAAAUUUGUUAAAACAUUUAAAUGACUGCUUUUGACUAACCAAAGGGGACAGAAGCCUGGUAUUCUGCUAGUGUAAGUGUUAAUGUAUUUGAUAAACACUGAUUCUAUUUUUAAGAAACAUUGGAUACCAGAUGAGCGAUGCAGGCACGUUAGGCCACUUGUAGAAAUUCCUUUUGAUGUUGUUGAGUUUGAAAAUGUUUGAAACACUACUGAAUAUAAUUAUCCAAGAUAAUAAUAAAUAUGUAAUUCAGUCAUUGUUAUGUGUAUUAAAGAUUGAGUAUAUGUAAUAAAAACAAUAUCACACUGUUCAUGUCUAGUAUUACAGGCAAUACUGUUCUGAAGAAAUGUACGGCAAUUAUUGGCAAUGAUAUAUAUGUUAUCCUCGCAUUUAUCUCUUGAGUGGAAUGUUAAAUAGAGCAGUCUUGUUAAAUAUUAUACAAUUAUGUCACUUUGUCUCGAUCAGUAUUAGGAUUUAUGUUGCAAAGACAAUCAAUAUUGACAGAGGCUAGAAGUGCUAUAAUUGUUUUAAUACAAUUUGGUUUUAAAACCAGAUUUCCUAAUGCACAGGGUAUGAUGCUAAGCCAUUUAAGUUACAUCAUAUUAAAUAAUAUUUUUUGAUAAAACAUUGUAUUGCACUUUUGUACAACUUGGCAGAUGUGUGUCCACAUAUCUGAUUGGUUGAAAUUACAUGAUGUUGCAAUACCUGGCGCUGGCAUUGUAAUAGAGUGCAAUUUGAUGUUAAAAGGAGCUUGUGAUCAGAUGUAUACCAAUCACUGUGUCAUACAAAACUGAAAAUGUGAUAAUAGGAUAUAUGUCAAAACAUCAGAAAAUUGUGUAGCAACUCUAUAUAGGGUGGAAGAUAACCAUUUCUGAAAUGAAAUCACAGGCUGCUGUUAAUUUUUGGUAACAAAUUUAGGUUGGAGAAAGUGGACAUUGAAAAGAUCUCUGCAAUGCCAUGUUGUUUUCAUUUGUAUUCGGACUGGUUUUCUCAUUGAUUUUGUGGCCUGCAUGAGUUUUACAGAUUCAACCAUGAGUUAUUGUUGAUAAAAAGUUGGAAAGGUUUAUAAAACCUUAAUGUUGAUGAACACAGCUUCAGCAAAUAUUGUGUUAAAGGUUGUCAGUUUGUUACCUUUCUUAAUGUUUGUUGUUACAUGUAUAUGUCUGGUGGAGACACAUGUCUGAUAAAAACACAUGUACAAUAUAUCUGAUGGAAACACAUGAACAACAUGUCUGGUGGAGACACUUGUACAGUGUUAGAUCAACAUGUCUGGUGGAGACAUGUACAAUAUGUCUGGUGGAGAAACAUACAAUAUGUCUGGUGGAGACACAUGUACAGUAUUAGAUCAACAUGUCUGAUGGUGACAAAUGUUCAGUGAAUAUUUUUCAUUUAAUCAGAACAAUCCGUUCUUGCCGAGUACAUGUUAAGUGUUUGUUUUGGAUUUUCGUCUGAUUAUUAUUAUUUCUUUCAAAAUGUGAUAUUUUUACAUGUUUAAUCAGUGAAAUAGAUAUAAAUUACCUAUGUUUCAUUACCUUUAUGCAUCCUAAAUAAGAAAGCUAAUUGUGAUAUAUACAUGUAUAUAAAUUAAUGAUAAUUUUGAUA